GUCAUUCCCAGUAUGCUCCCUGAGAUUGUUUGCUGAGUCAGGCUCCAGAAUCGAGGAAGUUUGAGCUCCUUCUUUGCUCCUGUUGUCCAGAUUUCGACUCCCAAACAAUCACUUUCGAUUACAAAUUUACAUCAGCGUGUGUUCCGGCAGCAACCAGCAGUGAAUACCUAGAAAUUUUCACUCGAGACGUUUUCAAAUCUUGCCAUCAUGGAAACAAUGGACAUCGACCAAGUCGGGGUUUCCGGCAACGAGCCGAAUUUCCCGUCCUUUUUUAUCAAUAGUUCGACAACCCACGACUCUGCAUCUGAAAUGAGUCUGGCCGACUUGCUCAUUUCCGCUCACGGCUCCACCGAUAUCGAAAUGCCCGAUUGCCCACCACCAGCACCAAAGGCACAAUCUCCUAGCGAUUUCCUCGGGCCAAAGGUCGUCCCGGACACAUUCCCAGCACUUGGGCAAACAUACCUCCUACGUGUGCCUACAACCGGCUGCAUCCUCGGGCAUACCAAGCGACGUUUUUUCCUGAUCUCGUCGUCGCACAAUCCAGAAGAGUCGCCGCACAUUAGCUGGAAAUGGACAUUUGAGGACAUCGCUGGUGACGAGACAAUGAUACGGCUCAAGAGCCCGUGGCUGGAAGACAAUGACACACGCUGGAUCCUGCUGGACGUGAAGCUCAAUCCUGAUGGCAAGGUGGUGGUUUCGGUGGAUUGGGAAAUGAGGAGGGAUCCCGUCUUGGACAAGAUCAAAUUCAAGGAGACGUGUCUCUCUAAAGGAGGGAAGCGGCUCGGUGACGACCAGGUUGGGCUUGUGGCAGAGGUGAAGAGAGGGUGUCUGGCAUUUGAGAAGAAAGGGGAGGCAAUUGGGUGGGAGUUUAUCAGGGUUUCGGGCCCUUAG